GAGAAAAAGGACAGAGAAAAAAGAAAAAGGAGGAAAAAAGAUCCAAGAAAAAAUCCAAACAAACCCACGCCGAGAGACUGGCACCAUGAGGUCCAAAGGCAGGGCACGGAAACUGGCCACGAAUGAUGGUGAUGAUGAGUUUGCCCUUUAUCCAUCUGACAUCUUGGAUGAUGUGUGUACAUCUGAUGGAGACCCUGCAUCAUCGUCAGCCCUGGCAGAGGAUCCACCGUCUCCUCCUGUCUCCGGUGAUGAGGCUUCACCCCGGGAGCCAUUGUCCUACCAGCACCAAUCCAUCUAUAUACCCCAGGAUGACCUGCCCAUUCCCCUGGACUUUGAACUGCGAGAGUCAUCUGUUCCAGGUAACAUCCUGGGCAUCUGGUCCCGGAGGAGGAUAGACAUCGGUGAGCGCUUCGGACCAUAUGUGGGCGAGCACAAGUCUUGUCUGAGAGACCCUACUCAAGGCUGGGAGAUCUUGGACGGGUCAGGCCAUGUAAAGUUCUGCGUGGAUGCCAGCAAGCCAGAUAUCGGGAGCUGGCUGAAGCACGUCCAGUUUGCCCCAGCGGCCAAGCAGCAUAACCUGACAGCGUGCCAAAUAGAUGAUCAGAUCUUCUACAAAGUCACCAGAGAGAUUUACCCCGGUGAAGAGCUGCUACUUUUCAUGAAGGCUGAAGAGUAUUCAUGUGACACCAUGGCUCCUGAUAUUCAUGAGGAGAGGCAGUACCGCUGUGAGGACUGUGACCAGCACUUUGAGUCCCGCACCCAGCUGUUGGACCACCAGAAACAGCCGUGUGGGAUGCCCCCCUCCUCCUUCCUUAACCCAGGAGGAGACAGCGACCUGGAGGCCCAGGAACCACAAGACCUGCGGCCCCUCCACAUGUCCCAUGGUCCCCACGAGUGUAAGGAGUGUGACCAGGUCUUUCCUGAUGUCCAGAGUCUGGAGGCCCACGCUCUGUCCCACUCUGAGGAGAGGGAAUAUAAGUGUGACCAGUGCCCCAAGGCCUUCAACUGGAAAUCUAACUUGAUCCGACAUCAGAUGUCCCAUGACAGUGGCAAGCACUACGAAUGUGAAAACUGCUCAAAGCAGGUGUUCACAGACCCCAGUAACCUGCAGAGGCACAUCCGUUCUCAGCAUGUUGGGGCGCGGGCACACGCCUGCCCCGACUGCGGCAAGACAUUUGCCACCUCUUCGGGCCUGAAGCAGCAUAAGCACAUCCACAGCAGUGUCAAGCCCUUCAUAUGUAAGUCACUCAGACCCUACCUAUGUGAGGUGUGCCACAAGUCCUACACCCAGUUCUCUAACCUGUGCCGCCACAAGCGUAUGCACGCUGACUGCCGCACCCAAAUCAAAUGCAAGGACUGUGGUCAGAUGUUCAGCACCACCUCUUCCCUCAACAAACACCGGCGCUUUUGCGAGGGGAAGAACCAUUUCACAGCAGGGGGGUUGUUUGCCCAGGGUAUGCCUCUCCCUGGAGCCCCUGGUAUGGACAAGUCUGCUCUGGGGGGCAUGGGCCACAGUAGUGCUGGCCUGGCUGACUACUUUGGGGCCAACCGCCACCAUGGUGGCCUGACCUUCCCUGCUGCCCCAGCCUUUCCCUUCAGCUUCCCUGGCCUCUUCCCCUCGGGACUCUACCACCGACCACCCCUCAUCCCUGCCACCACCUCCCCUGUGAGACGGCCAGCACCCAGUCCUGUUGCUGCUUCUGGCACAGAGCUUAGUAAGAACUCACUGCUGCCACCAAGUCCCGGUGCUCAAGAGGCCCGGGAGCUCCUCAAGACACUCCGUAAAGACAGCGGCUCUCCUGGCAACCAAGUGCCAGGGUCAGAGCUCCACACCCAGAGCUCCUCAUCCUCUGUAAAGCAGCGGAACAAGCUUAGCGACCAGUCAGAGAGCAGCGACCUAGAUGAUGUCAGCACGCCCAGUGGAAGUGAUCUGGAGAGCACGUCGGGCUCUGAGCUAGAGAGCGACCUGGACAGUGAGAGGGAGAGGGGGGCCACCCGGGAAAAUGGCAAGGGCCCUAAGAGGAAGGCGAGUGAAGGAGGCUCCCAGAGUCCCAGCCUGACUGGCAGCAGUGCUGCUAAGGACUUCCCUGGCCCCGCCCUCUUCCCCCCCUCACUGGACGAGCACACAGCUGUGUCAGGGGCUGUCAAUGACUCGAUUAAGGCCAUUGCCUCCAUAGCUGAGAAGUACUUUGGCUCCACAGGGCUGGCUGGCCUACAGGACAAGAAGGUUGGGUCUCUGCCCUACCCUUCUAUGUUUCCAUUGCCUUUCUUCCCAGCUUUCUCUCCUCCUGUCUACCCUUUCCCAGACAGGGACCUCAGACCUCCAGCCUUGAAGGGUGAGCCACAGUUGCCAUCAGACGAAGGCAAGAAGGCCCAAGGCAAAUCCUCAUCCGAGUCACCCUUUGACCUCACUACCAAGAGAAAGGAGGAGAAGCUUGCGGCCUUUGUCCCCUCCAAACCAGAGGCCUCCCACUCCACCAAUCAGGAUCAGCCUCUAGACCUGAGCAUGGGGAGCAGGGGCCGUGGCCGCACUGGUAGAGAGGAGGAGACAAAGAAGAACCUGGGGUAUGAAGAGGAGAAGGCGGUGGUGGAGAUCCCCAAAGCUGAUACCUCCUUGCAGCACGCGAGGCCCACUCCCUUCUUCAUGGACCCCAUCUAUAGCAGGGUUGAGAAGAGGAAGAUGAGUGAUCCAUUUGAGGCACUGAAGGACAAGUACAUGCGGCCGGCUCCAGGCUUUCUCUUCCAUCCUCAGUUUCGUAUGCCAGAUCAGAGAACUUGGAUGUCAGCCAUCGAGAACAUGGCAGAGAAGCUGGAGACGUUUGGUUCAUUGAAGCCAGAGUCUGGUGACCUGCUGCGCUCCGUCCCCUCCAUGUUUGAUUUCCGUGCCCCGCCCUCGGCCCUCCCAGAGACGUUGCUGCGCAAGGGCAAGGAGCGCUACACCUGCAGAUACUGUGGGAAAAUUUUCCCACGCUCUGCCAACCUGACCCGCCACCUCAGGACUCACACAGGAGAACAACCUUAUAGGUGUAAAUACUGUGAUCGCUCCUUCAGCAUCUCGUCCAACCUUCAGCGUCACAUUCGCAACAUCCACAAUAAGGAGAAGCCGUUCAAGUGCCACUUGUGUGACCGUUGCUUCGGUCAGCAGACCAACCUGGACCGUCACCUCAAGAAGCACGAGAACGGAAACCUAUCAGGCACUGCGAUGUCCUCCCCGCGGUCUGAGCUGGACAGUGGCAGCGCCAUUUUGGACGACAAAGAGGACUCCUAUUUCAAUGAAAUACGGAAUUUUAUCAGCAACGCAGGCCAGAACCAGACGUCCCCUGACCCCUCUGAGGAAGGGUUGAACGGUGGUCCAUUUGAAGAAGAGAAGCCGUUGAUAACUAGCCAUGCAUCACAUGACCUCGACGACGAGGAAGGGGAGGAACUCGGUGCCGAUGAAGAAGAAGGGGAGGAGCCAAGCAAUACUCCCCGGAAACCAGAGGGUGAAGAAGUGCUGCCUAGCAACCUCGAUGACGACAUCAUACAAGAUGAAAUUGACUUUAACGAGCCAAACGACUUGGACCUCAACUGUAAAACCUCUCCAAGGAGGUAUGAGGAUGAAGAGGAGCAGAGUGGCUACUCAGCCCUGGAUCAUAUCCGACACUUUUCAGACAUGCGUAAGAUGGAGGAGAGUGAGCUGAGUGACGGAGACGGAGAUGAGGACGGAGGAUCUUUCGGCUCUCCCACCCUGACCGAGGCAGUCAAACAGCCACUCUAUAGGAAUCCAAGUCCCAGGCCUACGCCAUGAUGCUCUCUCUGGCUGACAAGGACGCUCUGCACCCAGCCGCCCACACGCCGGCCACCAUGUGGCACAGCCUGGCACGCGCCGCUGCCGAAUCCAGUGCCAUCCAGUCCCUUAGCCAUGUAUGAUGGCGCCCCUCUGCAUCUACUCUCUCACCUCUCAACCCCGCCCCGACCUUGACCUAUGGCACUGGGAGCCCAUUGUGGGGCCGUUCGCGGGGCCCCUGGCCCUCUGCCCCUGACCGUCCACAGACUGACUGCUGAGCAGAACCCACGGCCCAUCUGACUGCUGAGCGGAGCGCCUUACACACAAAGCAGGGUCACUGUCCGUACAGAGCCCAGGCCCAGCCCAAACACCUCCAACACACGUAGAGCAAAACAUCUUUAUGUGACCUUAAAAUGAUUAAUACAUUAAUGUCGACCAAGAUGAUAGCGAUGAUGAUUAUGGUGAAAAUAAUAAUGCUAAAGUAAUAAUAUCUGUAUUUAUUCUGCUGAAUUUCUAUGUUUUGCACAGCAAAGGCAGCUGGUGGACAGGGAAGAUGGAUGUGCUGAUGUAUCAUUGAUCAAUUGCAUUUAUUGGCCAGCACGUACAAAGCAAGGAGAACAUUUGGAGCUGGGAGAGCGAGAUUGGUUGUGUCUCCAAGGCAAGCCGCAAGUGUGUGUGUUUCACCGCUUGUAAAGGAAAAAAUCCCUGUCCCUGUCAGUCUCUCUCAUUCAGCACGGAAUAUCUUUGAAAUGUACUACAAGAAUUCCCUUUAACCCCUUGAGAUACACAGGUGUUUCUCAUAAAAUAUGUACUUGAUUAUAAAAAUGAAGGGUGGGGUUCACCAGCACCCUGGGUUCAAAUGAAAAAAUCCCCUCCAUGUAAGGACAGCGCUAGCAGCACUACAACGAGAAUAUCACUGUUUGAAGUCAUUCGAGAACAAAAGAGAAAAGUAAUUGUAAAAGUGAAAUCAGGCCAGUCUCCCAUCUGCGUUUGCGUAGCUGCGUGUGUCUGCACAAUCACAGCACUGUACACAAGUGUCUACCAACUGUUCUCCACUGCACUCCAUCCUGCCCGCCUGCGCUAUCUGUGAAAGGAUAUAAAUAGAUUGUCUUUUUAGUGGAAGAAAAGAAAACAAUGUUUGUUUUUUUUACUGAGAUAAGUAGCAAGUGCUGAAGUUAAUUGUUGUUCUGUAAAGGGCAUAUGUCGUUUCAAAACCCUUGAACCCAUCCUAGUCAGCCAACAAUACCACUAAAUAGCCUGAAUGCUAGUCGUUAGCUACUCCAUGCUCGUGUGUCUUUCAUUUUUAGACAAUCAUGAUUUUGUUUUCUUUUUUUUGUUGUUUUUUUGUUGGUGUUGUUGUUGUUAUUUGCUGUUGUAUGUUGAGAAUUGUAUUUAUUUCUUGGCAAACUGUAGUUUGUUUACUGAAUAGCACUGCUCUUAGCCCAGGUGAAGGGGAGAUUCCUCACUGGGCCAAUCCCAGAGUUCAAUGGGGUUUGUAGAUUACAUUCGAGUGCCGGAUAGUAUUAAACAUACCAUUCACUCCUUAUUCUUCUAAUGAAACCGGUCGAUGAAUAGAUAUUACUUAGGGUUGUUUUUUUCUAUGACAAUUUAAUGAUUCAAUUGUAAAAAAUGAAAAACAUUAUAAAGAAUGACAUAAUAAUUAAAAAAAAAAAAAAAAAAAAAAAAAAAAAAAACGCCAGGUAUAAUUUCUUCAUAAGCGCAUGAUUGGUCUGAUAAGAUCUGUAUCUGACAUUUUCUACGGUUGUCUGCAAGCUUGUGUGACGUUCGGUUCAUGUUAAUCCCUUGUGCCAAACCUAUGAUAAAUAACAGAUUACUUUCAUUUAUCCUCCCGUUUUGAGGGACCAGAUUGUUUUUGUUUUGUUUGUUUUUUGUCAUUGUUUUGUUUAUAAUCGAUUUUAAAAAGUAAUCAGCAAGUUGAGGUACUUUGUUUUAAUGCUUUCUACAAUGUAACUGUUAUGCAUUUCAAUUCAAUACUGUGGGAGGAGCAACUA